UUUUAGUAUAUGUGUGAUACACAUAGAAGCAUAGAUCGAAGAAUUCAUGACUUCAAACUAGUCACAGGUAGGUCUACUCUCUACAAAGACAUACACUUAAUGUGACAUAUUCAUGAUUUUAUGAUUUAAUUCAGGAAAAAAUAAAUAAAUAAAUUAGUCAUUUGUCCUUAUUAAUGCACUGCAGCUAUUGUCUGUCCAACAUAUGAAAAUAUUUUGAACAAGACUACAGACCAUAAGAGACGGAGGCAGGCAAAAGCAUCAUCAAACUUCCCUCAGAGAUGUCGGUGCAACAAAACCUUGUUAAGAAACUACAAGAAUUCCUGAAACCAUCUGCUAUUUUCAGCUCUGUACCAUUGAGCCUUUUGUUAAUCGGAUUAGAGGCCAUGAUGGAUCGACUCUUCACAUGCCCGUGUAGAUCUGACCUGAAUGCACUGAUAACAGCAUCCAUAUUCACUGGACCUGCUCUUUUUACUUUUGCUCUUAUGUUCUAUCAGUUAAGGCCUCUUACACAUGGAUGGUUUCAUUGCCCUCAAGAAGCUAAUGAUGAUACUCCGCAGAGCUGCUUUAAAGUUCUCGCAUCCUGUCUGAUUCCACCUGUGAUGUGGAUCUUCAUCUUGUUAAUUGAUGGUGAUUAUGUUGCUUGCAGCAAAACAGACUGGAAGGGAAUUUAUGUUCUUGAUAGGGAGCUAAACUGGUGUAAACCUACUGAAGAGAAGCAAAAUGAGAAUGAGCAACAAGAUUUGACUCGCAAAUUUAUUCAUCAGUCUCGGUUUGCAGGUUAUGUUGUGAUCUCUGUCUUCAGUGCAUUAGCAAUUGUCUUUAUGGGUAUUUAUGACAGCUGCAUAAGUGGAAAGUGUAACUGUUGUCCGAAGCGACUGUUAACCUUCUGCGGACGAACAGAUUCAGAGACAUGCGAUGGAAGAAAUGACCCAGGACAGGAUGAAGUAGAGCUUGAUACUCGCCACGCCACUUCCUCCAGCACUGAAGACCCACAUGUAUAAAAUACAUAUUUUUGCUAUUCCAGAGCCAUCUUUAAGGGAUGCCUUAAAAGGAUAGUUCACUCAAAAAUGAAAAUUACCCCAUACUUUACCUACACUCAAGCCAUCCUAGGUGUGAAAAAAAGGUGCUCCGGGAGGAUAAUAAAGGCCUCCUGAAGUGAAUCAAUGCAUUUUUAUAAGAAAAAUAUCCAUAUUUAAAGCUUUAUAAAUCAUAAUAUCCAGCUUCUACUAACUGUC